UAAUAUACUAAGAUUCACAAAUUUCUUUCUCAGAAAUACAGUCCUCUGGGCGGAAUCUGGGCCCAGUUUUCAUCAAACUUGUUAUCAAUACCAAGUGCCAAACUGAUGGAACAAAUUUCUUCCCUGCCAAUCAUAAUGCAAUGACUUCAGUAACUUAUAUCUGAUAUUCUUACCCUGUCACUCAUAAUACGUGUUAUGAACCAGGGUCCCAAUGUAAGCUUGUUGUUAUUCACAUUCAUAUCAUUUUAUUCAUGAAGUGCACCGGUGCCUAUCAAUUGUCAUAAUUUGUUCCUUCUUGCCUGCUAUACUUCUGCACUGUAUGCGUGCAUGCAUGUAAGUUGCUAUUGAAAUUGUAUUUAUGCAUACCAAUGCAUGAAUGCCAAAAUGCGCAGUAGUUUGAAGUUGGACCAGACGCCAUUUUCAUUGCAUCUGACGCACUUGUUCUUCUUCGGACAACGUUUUAAUUAUCGGAAAAGUGUCACGUGGUCAGCUUUCUCUGGGAAUUUACAUCACACAGGUCAAUACUCUGAUCAGCAUGGCUUCUGAAUUGAGCUCUGUAGAGGGCGUCUGUGAAGGAGACGACUGUGAGGCGAAUGCAGAUCUUACUUUCUAUGUGAAGGAGAAGAAGAAGCUCUGCCAUGACUGCGCCUCUAAAAUGGAGUGCUUAGGAAUAGCAAGAAAGGGUAUGCCUUAUCUGUACUGUGAAAAACACGAUAAACAUAUCGAUAUGUACUGUAAAACACAUUGCGUGGGUUUAUGUGUUUCAUGCGCUGUGAUAGAUCACCAUGAAAAGCCUUGCGUGCGACAGGAUUUAGAGGACGCAAUCAUGGAAAUUAAAGCUAAGCUCAACAUUCUGAAGAAAAAGGCGAUGGAGAAGUUAGAGUUAUGUCGAGUCCAUGGAAAGCACAUUCGUGAGUGUAGACAAUCCGCCGACGAACAUCUGCAGAGUAUCAAAGAAAAGGUUGAUUCCGUAAUCGAAAAGGCGAUUGCAAGCGACAAAGUCAGGGAACAGGAGGAUACUGCUAAAAUCGACCAGGAGAUUGAUGGGAAAAACCAAAAACUCCAAGAAGAGAUUCAAAAGAUGCAGGAUAAGAUUCGAGAGAACGAUGAGGAGAGAAAGAAGCGACAUGAUGAAAACAACACAAAUGCAGAUAAAAGACAAGAACCAAUACAAAAUAAACAAUGCGAACUUCAUGCUGACAUUCAGACCAUCGCUCAAGAGAUCAAGAGAAAGGUUGGCGAGUUGGAGAAAUCAUGGCAAGAUGACACGAAAAGCACAGAGAAUGCAAGCCAGACACUUGACUCGGUACUCGAAGACGAUCAAAACAUUGUCAAAGACGGGCAUCGUGUGAAUACAUCAGUUAGUGAUACACUAAAAAAGCCACUGAAUGAGGAUGAGGUGAAAGAAAUGAAUCGUGUUGUAUCAGGUGUGAGGUUUGUGAAGGGUGCUGGGAGGGAGAUGAAGUAUGAUGGGAGGAUUGAUGGGUAUGAUGGCGAGUGGAAGCUCAUUGAUACAAUCAAUGUGACAAAUGAAAUCACAUACCCGAUCAUUGUAGGAUGCAUGGAUGGAUGCAAUAUUAUCAUUACAGAUAGACUAGCAGGUAGUUUGCAUACAUACAUGUUGAAUUUGAACACUAAACAUAUUCAGAGGGUGAUAAACGGUGGUGAUACAUCAUGGGUUAUGUCCUGUGCAGUACUGAAUGAUGACAAGGUAGUAUGCGGUAGAGCGUACAGAGGUAGUACAGGAGACAGUUUGAAUGGAUGCAUCAGUGUGUAUGGCAGACAGUGGAAGCUCAUUACUGACGUCACAAUACCAAGAAACACGACGGGUAAUGUCACACAGGUGAAUGUUGCAGCUGACAAGGAUGGGAUGAUCAUCGCUGCUGAGGUGAGUCAGUCUAAGAUAUACGUCAUCGACCCAGCUGAUGGUAAGAGUACCAUCACGUGUAAAGAGAAGAUAAGGAUGUGUGAUAUGCUUUCAUCAGGUCACUUCAUCGCUCGACCCUCACCACCAGAUCGCAGAGCGCUCAUCAUUGACAGAGAGGGUGCUCAAAGGGAAAUCCCCCACAAUGAUGUCACCCUGAAUGUCUGCGUUGAUCCUAAUACUGAGGACCUCUACGUCAUGACAUCAGACGAGGGAUUCAAAACAUGUGUGAUUGAUCAGGUGAUGAGUGAGGGUGCUAUGAAGAAGAGAAGAGUAGCAUCAUUCCCUCUGUCAACAAGGGCGGAGAAGGGAUUUGACUUGAGGAAUCACCUUAUUUAUUCUCGAGUGAUGAUGACGUCAUCCGGGAAGAUGAUUGCUUGCGAUAGAGACAAUAUUCUCGUAUUCAGAAAGCUAUUCAGCCUCUAAACUAAUCAUAAACAGUCUUUACAUUUGAUUUUUGAUCACUACUUUGGUGGAAGAAUACUACAUGUAUUUCAUCAUUUACCUAACCUCAUAAAACUCCCAAUGAAUUGAAGAAAAAUGUUUGAAGGGAACGUUGAUUCGUAAAAUUAUUCAGUCAGCAAUAAUUCUUUCUUCAUGUUCCCGUUCUAUAUCCGCCUCAUUCAAACUUUUCAAUUAUUCGUAACGGGUGAAUGAAAUAGUUUUAUCGAGUCAUUUAUUUGAUUACAUUGCGAACAUAAUUAUUCUAUUCCGAGGGUACCGUGGACAACAACAUAUCUUGGCAGAGUUUUAGUCCCUAAAUCCUGGCUCAAUACGUAGAGGACAAUCCCGAUAUGGAGAACAGUGCAGAUAAUCAUUCAAAUAGAUAUACAAAAUGUGGAAGGUCAUAUUUUAAAAUAUCUCAGAAAAAGUAGGGAUAUUCGCGGACUAUCCAUUAUAGGUUUACAUUACAGGUUAAAUCUACCCGUUUAGUAUCAACGAACCGCGCGCGUCCCGGAUUCACUCUUUUAUUAAUUAACAUGAAAAACUUCUUCCCAAAAUUUGAGGUCAGACUGGCAAAAGGCCCUGAAUUUAGCAUGAAAAAUAUACUGAAAAUCAAAUGUAAAAAUGUAUUGUGUCUUGCUGUAGUCGAUUUUAUCUCACCAUGGAUUGCAUUUAUC